UUCGUCCUUGUAACUAUCGCUAUGUCUGAAUCCGGGGUGGAUUUCUAUGUUAUAUAUAACAGGGCAUUUACUCCUAGAGCAGAAACUGAAGAUACCAGCCUUUCAUUAAAAUUUACAGAAUUUCUGGUUCAGUAUCUAGAAGUCAGAGGACACCGGGGUCAUUAUGCAGAGAGAGAUGCCAUACCGGGAUCAAACGUUUUUAAAGAAUUGUUUCGGAACAUUAGGGAAGCAAGAAAAACUAUAUUGGUUGUAACACCAGAAUUCUUGCGAAAUUGCUGGGCUACAUAUUCUAGUCAAGCUGCAUUCAAGGAGCUUUUAGAUACUAACAAAUCUGACAAACUCAUUCCAAUAGGGAUCGACAUUUCUGACCAUCAAAAAUUACAGGAACUGAAUAUCACUGAAUGGAUUCAUUUCACACAUGAUUGGUCAUUUACUAGCAAUACUCACAAAUGGAACAAUAUUAUACAGGCACUAACCCAUGAUGGUCCUCUGUCUACAGAUCAAGAGUAUGUGCAUGCUCAAGAGCAUGGUGACAAUAGACUACGCACAUAUGGCGAGACCCUUGUAGUUCAACCAUCUUCAUUACAUGAAGAGCGAAAAGAUUUUUUCUCUGAAAAAUUCCUCCUUAAACUUGGUGAGAAGUUUCCGAGUGACUGGAAGAUAUUAGCCAUAAAUCUAGGUUUAAAAGAUCAUACAGUGACAGAGGUAGAGAGAAAUAGCACUGGGAACGUACGUCUACAGGCAUAUAAUGCCUUACUGAGGUGGAAGAACAACUAUGGAGGUACACAAGAAAGUAGGAUAUCACAUUUGCUGUCUGUGCUGCAAGAAAUGGGUAGAAAAGAUUUGGUUGAAGAGAUUGAAUCCCAGUAUAAAGAAUUUACUCAUCAAGAUAGACAUAAUCAAUCAGUGGAAGUGUUUGAUGAAGUUGACAUGGGAAUGUCGAGGAAAAGGGAUUAUUUACUAGAUCUUGACCAGACGCCAGUUAAACAACCAGUAGUGAGUCAUCAGUUGUCUAAUCAGAGCAGAAAUAAAACAGGUGACAGACAACAGCACACAACAUAUGUUGCUCGGGAAUUGAAAGCAGAGACUGCUGUUAUUGAGCUUAAGUCAAGAUCAACACCAGAGAUACCCAGGUUGUCAUCAGACCUGGUUCAGCUUCAGCAAGGUCCCUCCAUGUCCCUGCCAUCAGCCAAAGUAGUGAGUGUGCCAGAAAAGCAAGUGAGAAACUCUCCUGAUGAGACAACCAAUAAAAUAAACAUGUCAGAGCAAACUGUUCACCUGUUAAAAGGCGACCACCACACAGGUUGUAGAGGCAGUGAUGUCUUAGAAAGUGAACAGUUUAGUGAUAUUGGUGGACCAAAAGCAAUGGGUUAUACACCAGUUUGUGAAGAGCUCAUUUCUGCCACAAAAACUGAAACUGUAAAUAUGCAGUCAGCAAGUCAACCGGGCAGUAAUAACAAUGAAAAUUGCAACAAUAAUGUGAAGAGGAAGUCAGAGUACAGAAGUCUGCAAAGUUUAUCUAAAGAUACUGAUCUCACUGCUGAUGUGAAUGGAUCCUUCUCCUAUAAACAGCAGUCAAUUCAAGAUGAUACUCCACCUUCAAUGACACCAAGUAGCCUUAAUAUACACAGGAUUGAUCAGGAUGCUCUUUCAAUGAAUCUGCAGUCACUCAGUGCAGCAGACACGACUCCUGAUUCAGGUUAUAGCUGUUCAGCAGUACAGACACCAGUUAAUGACCAAAUAAUCUCAGAUCCUGGGAACCAGGUUUUACAAAAUUUAUCACAGAAAAGUGGAAAUAAGCCAGUACAUGGUCCUGAAACAUUUGUGAAUCAGUCUCGGAUAAAUAUGGAAAACUUCAAACUUGCUGACAAUGUUGAUCAGUUUAAUAACCAGACUGACAUCAGUACAAGUCAAACUGAAGUUAAAUGUGUGGAGAUGGUCUCCACAGAAAAAUCUACACAAAAUUUACCACAGACUGGUAUGAAUGUUGGUGAUGGUCAAGGUGAACAUUUGCAGAAUGGUGCAGAGAAUGAUGAAGCACAGGCAGAUCUUAACCCAGCUUCACCUGCUCAAGAUCGGCAACAGAGUUUGGGGUCCACCAUCUUUUGUGCUUUAGUGGAUAUGCUGACAAGACCGCAGUUGGCUUACAAUUGAUGUAUCAAUUCUUCCACAACUUUAUACUAUACUGAGAUGAUAACAUACAGCUGAUGUUUCAAUGACUUUUACAUUGCAUGAAAACAUUUUUUGCAUGAAGUAUCAUGGAAACAUUAAAAUAGUGUUGACUGUGAAAAUGCUGGUAGAAUGAACUGCCCACACCUGCUUCAUAAUUAGCCAGUGGAUUGAAUAUAUAUAAGCCAAAUGAUUGAUAACACUAGAUUAUAUUUUAUAGUGUCAUCCAUUAUGUAUAGUUACAUUCUUGUAAAAAAAUUUGUAGUGUCAGGAUUUUUGUAUCGAUAUAACCCUAGAUAUGAAGCAUAUUGGGGCGGUGUUGGAGUCAUUCUUGUCCACUAAUUGGUCUGACCGUAAUUCUUUUCCAAAACAGUUUAAUGGAUUUUCAAAUAACUGUUGAAUGUUCACAGUGACAUUACAUCAAAAAUUAGAAUGGUAUGUCAUGGGAUAGUCAAAAAUCUAAUAGCUUAAAUUUGUGUGCUGGAAGAAUUUUCACAAAACUAGCAUCAUUUGUUUACUUCAUCAAAACCAUGCACACAGUGCACAACCAACACCACAAGGUUCAAAGUCAAGAUCACAGUCUAAUAGGUUUACUUAAUGUCUGAUCCAUAUAUUCUCUAACGCUUUUAAAGAAUUUUUAUAAAACUAGCGUCAAUUGUUUAUGAUAUUGAGAUAAUGGGCAAAGUGCAUAAACCAGGUCACUAGGUCUAAGGUCAAGGUGACACUUGGAGAUAAAAGGUUCAGUACAUUAACUUUGUGUCUGCUCCAUGCCUUUUAAAUCACUGGAAAGAUUUUCAUCAGACGCAUCAGUUGUUACCUUGUCAAGAUAAUUUGAACAACAACUCAUAACACUAGGUCCAAGGUCAAGGUAACACUUGGGAGUUCAAAUAGCUUUAUUUCAGACUGGCUUAUUGACUUUCAAAAAACUACACAUAAAUUUUCAACAUGAUUACGGUAUAUACUGAUAAUCAUGCACAACCAAUCUCACUAGGUAGAAGUUCAAGGUCAUGCUUGGAGGUAAAAGGUCUAAUAAAUUAAUUCCAGAUCUUCUAAACUGAAGGAUUUUCAUACAACAAGCAUCAGUUCUUUACAAUAUCAAGACCUUAUGCAGAGUACACUGGUAAGGUCACUAGAUUGAAGGUCACAGUCACACUUGAAAGUCAGAGGUUGAAUAACUUUAAUUCAGACUUCAAAUAUUUACAGAUAAAUGUUUACAUUGGAUCCAAGUUGAAGAUCACAGUAAAAUAGCUACAUUUCUUGGCUGCUCCAUACUUUAUCUACCACUUGAAAGAUUUUAAAAAUACUAGCUUCAGUUUUUGACCUCAUCAUGACGACAUACAGAGUGAACAAACCUAGUCACAUAGUCCAAGGUCAAGGUCAGUUUGAAGUGAAAAGUCAUGAUCAACAAAAAUUCUACUUUACCUGUAUCAAAGUGGUACCUUGGGGUAUUUACUGGGUUCAUAUAGUCGUAAAAAGUCCUGAAAUUUGAUGACCUUUUCUUAAAAAGCCCUGAAAAGUUAGAACUUUUCAGAAAAAUACUUAAUUUUAUUCCUGACUCUUAAAAGUGCUUUAAAAGUGCUUCAAAUGCCUAAAAUUUCCUUAAAUUCAGUGAAGUUUUGUUAUAUUUAUUACAGGCUCAUAAUGCCUUUGUUUAAAAUGUGGCUGCCACAUAUUUAUUUGUUAUAGAUAUAGAAUAUGUCUUUUUCUUGUUGAUUCCUAUUUUCGAUAAUUGUUUUCUCAUAUUGCCAAAGGUUUCAAUUUUAAUUAACACAGUAGAAAAUAUAUUCUGGAACUCAUUGUUUAUGAUUGCCUCCCUUUAUGGAUCUCACUGUAUAAUUUCAUUAGUAAUAUUGAAAAUAGUAAUUUUGAAACCUUGUAAUUCUGCAAUGCAUCUAUUUGAAUGGAUGCUUUAUCUGUGUUUAACGUAAAAUUUAAGGCCUUAUGGAACUUUAAAUACUUGAAGAAAUGAUGAGCAAAAAGAAAACUAGUUGUAAAUUUGUGUACCAUGGUCAAACUAACACAGCGACUAAUAGGCAUUUAUAUUGGUGAGCAGAGUGUAAAUUGUGUGAAAAACAACUUGACAUUGAAAACAUGGGAAGGAAUGGAGUGAAAUCAAACAGAAAACACAAAAAGUGAAAGACAUGUCGGAAACAUUUUGUCAGCCAAGAGUAAUUUGAAUUCUGCCCAGUAAUUAAUCUGUAACAAUGAAAAAAAAGUGCUGAAAUUUAAGGGGAAAAUUCUUAAAAACUCCUCAAAAAGUCCUGAAAUUUUUGCUUCAUUGUUUGUAAUAACCCUGAUUAAUCACCUCCAGUGAUAGCUCUAGUUAAGAUAUAACUGAAAACUUAAUCACACGGUAUUUUAAUUUACACGUUAUGCAUUGCUGAGAAGGCUUGACACAUUUAUGAUUAAUCUGAAGAAUUAUAUUUAAAAUGAUACUAUAUUCAUGAAAAUUACAAAUUUCAAAAAUUAUUUAGUCCCCUAUUGGUUGAAAACAAGUUUCAGGGAUUAUUAGCUAGUGCUUUUCAGCCCAUCCAUCAUUCUGUCCGUCCAUCUGGUCUUUCAUGUCCAGUCCAGACUUCUGUCAUCCAUCAAGGGAUUUAAUAUUAUGUAUAAAUAGACGUAACCACUGUAGAAUUUUAGAUACGCAAACUUUAAUCCAAACAUUUCGUACUAUAACAUAUUUUAAAUACGGCACAAUAUUGCAUAUACAUCAUUGACAUAUAUCAGAUCAUUACUAUAUGUUAUACUGCUGUAGAGAUAAUUUAUCACACUUUCUAUUGCAUGGCAAUACUUUAUUCAUUGUUUUUUUCUGUCACUGAACAACAAGAUUUUGAGCAAUCACCACACCUGCUCUGAUACAUCAAUAUCUGCUUCCUGGAUGAAACGCUUACUUUAAAACUUUGUUUGUAUCAUUUUUAGCUAGACCAUACAAAGUAUAUGGAGAGCUAUCCUACUGGCCCCGGCAUCGGUGUCCUUCAGUGUCCACAUUCCUCAUUAAAUUUUGUUGAUACUUUUGCCACUUUAUUUUUAGUCCCUUCUGUACUGUGACAACAACAGUUAUUACUAUGUGUAACUAUUUUUACCCACUAAAUUUCUUAGUGCCUCUGAUAAUCUCUGUUAACAACUGAAAAUAACUUAUGUGGCUUGAUAACUAUGUAAUUUGUGUAACUUGUAACUGUCACAUUUGUUCCAGUACAGCAUGUGUCCCUGAUAAAACAAAAUUGAAUGAUAUUAUUGAAUUUUUUUGUAACUAUCUCCACUUUUUUGGUUCCAUUGAAACCCUGACAACAUCUGAUAAUACUGUGUUUACAGAUUGUAACUAUUUUCACUUACUAACAUCUAUUAAUAACUGAAUAUAAUUCUUUUCGUUUGCUCACCAAUAUUUCAUAUGUGGCUAUAAACUGUAUACAAUGUUUAAUGCCGAAAUAAACAUAUUGUAUUGUAUUGUUUUAAGCCUGCAGGCAUAGGAAAUAAAGUUUGUCACUGGUGACUUCCUUGCCUUAUAUUGUUGUUACACUGACAUUUUUUGUUACAUCAAAGAUAUCUUUAAGAGAAGAAGAAUUCUACUCAUGUUGAGAUUUAUGAAAGGUAUAGAAACUAGAGUUUGUUUGAAGUAGCAGAGAUAAAAAAAUACAAGAAUAAAUACUUUGUGAUACAUUAGUAUACUUUGUGUUAAGUACAUUUGAAAGACUUUGUUUUAACAUUUUCCCUAUAAAUCUACCUCCGGUAAAAGGAGGUAAACCGAAAGCAAAGAAGUAUGUUGUUUUUUUUCCCCAUUCUGAAUUGAAAGUUACCUUUUAGUUGUUUUGCUGUUUUAAGAUAGUUUUGCUAGUUUGUAUGUAUAAUUUGGUUAUCAAAACAACAGUUAUACUGUUGAACAAUUACAGAAAUGCAAUCCAUUAAUAUUUUACACAGAUUUACAUAGAUUUUGGUAAUUUGCAAAUUUCACAAUUAAGACAAUUUCCGAGAGCAUUUUCCCAAUUCCACUGGUGUUGGUGGCAUUCCCAAAAUGGUAAAAAAAGGCCUGAAUUGAAAAAUACUUUGUGUUACUUGCAGACUUCUUUGUGUUAGGAUAUCAUUAUGCAAACAAUGGUAACCAAAGCACAUGUUGCUCUUGGUAACCAAAACUAUAUGUUGCUCAGUCAUGUGAGUAGUUAAUGUCUAUGUGAUAAAUUCUGUGUUACUUUAUCAAGAACUUUUUUAUUUAGUUAUUUUAUGUAAGAUUUCAUUUACUUUAGACUGUGACUAAAUUGUCUUUAUGAUAUCUUCAAUUUCACUGGGGAUAUAAAUUUUAAAAUAUCAA